AAGCAAAUUCAUUUUUUUCUGUGUUUGUUAGAAAAUUAUGAGAUGGAAUUUAAGAGAAAAUUGAAAAGUUGAAUUUGCUAUGCUUUGUUCAUUUCCUAGAUUCUGUGAAUGUUUUACUUUGCACAUUGUCUUGCAGUUAAUGGAACAAAUAUCUUAUUUUCUGAGCCAAGUGUUUGCACAUGAUGUUUGAAUUUCAUGGUUGAUUUUGUUCAAUUAACUGCAGAAGAACUGCCUUAAUCGUUGUCUGCAGUGCAGUCAUUGAAAUUAUGCGAUGUUGUCCACUUAAUACUGGUACUGGGAAAUCUUUACCCCUGUUACAUUUCUUACACCUUUAUGCAUUGAAAUAGUAAAUGAUUUGGAUUUUUCAAAAACAAUCCUCCAUUUCACUUUUUUUUUUUUUUAGCUCACAUGGGCUCAAGUGAGCAUUUCUGAUCAAAAUUUGUCCGUUGUCUGUCGUUGGCGGCGGCAUAAACUUUUCACAUUUUCAUCUUCUUCUCCAGAAUCACUGGGUCAAUUUCAACCAAACUAGACACAAAGCAUCCUUGGGUGAAGGGCUUUCAAGUUUGUUCAAAUGAAGGGCUGUGCCCCAUUCAAAGGAGAGAUAAUCAUAAAAAUGCAAAAGUAGGGUGGGGUUAUUUAAAAAUCUUCUUCUCAAGAACCACUGGGCCAGAGGAGCUGAAAUUUACAUCAUGAAAGCUUCCUGACAUAGUGCAAAUUCAAGUUUGUUAAAAUCAUGGCCCCUGGGGGUAGGAUGGACCACAAUAGGGGAUCAAAGUUUUACAUGCAAAUAUAUAGGGAAAAUCUUUUCAAGAACCACUAGGCCAAGAAAGUAGAAAUUUACAUGAAGGUGUCCUGACAAUGUGCAGAUACAAGUUUGUUGCAAUCAUGGCCCCAGGGGGUAGAAUGGGGCCACAAUAGGGGAUCAAAGUUUUACAUACAACUUUAUUGAGGGGGAAAAUUAUUAAAAAUCUCCUGAAGAUCACUGGGUGAGAAAAGUUUACAUUUACUUGAAAGCUUCCUGACAUAGUACAGAUUCAAGUUUGUUAAAAUCAUGGCCUCCAGGGGUAGGAUGAAGUCACAAUAGGGGAUCAAAGUUUUACAUACUAAUAUAUAGAGAAAAUCUUUUAAAAUCUUCUUCUCAAGAACCAUUAGGCCAAAGAAGUUUACAUUUACAUGAAAGUUUCCAGACAUAGUGCAGAUUCAAGUUUGUUAAAAUCAUGGCCUCCAGGGGUAGGUUGGGUCCACAAUAGGGACCAAAGUUUUACAUGGGAAUUAAAUAUAUGGGAAAUAUUUAGAUAUGGGCCAAGGUGACUCAGGUGAAUGAAGUGGCCCAUUGGCCUCAUGUUUGAAGUUCUCAGUAUCUUAUGAUUAUAUUUUAAUACAAUUUUAAAUUUACCCAAACAUAACAAGGGUGAAAAGAAACAAGGCUAAAAAUAACCCAGCAUACAGUAUUGCAGUAAAGUUUCUAGUGAUUCAUUGUGUGAAAUUGCAUGAUAUGUGAAUGUGUUGAAUUAAAUAAUACUUUUAUGGAGUUAUAUGGUUUAUGUUUUCUUUUUUGUUGUGUUUUUUAUUCAAACUCAACUUUCUGCCUUGUCUGUGGUUCUGGUGCAUGCAGUCACCCUUUGGAAUCUCCUCCUGCAAGUUUUCAUCUUGCACAAUCUUUUGUACUUUCCCUUUGGAAUCUCCUCCUGCAAGUUUUCAUCUUGCACAAUCUUUUGUACUUUGGCUGACUUCAUUUCUAUAGCAGAAUGCAGGCUUGUUUACAGCAUGUUCAAUGCUUUACAGGAUAACAUCUACUGAGAGCAUGGUGAUUGAUGCUGUAAACAGUCCAAUAGUGGCUUUAAGCAUCAGGUUUGAUGUGUUCUUUUUCAAAAUCAGAAAUUACGAGGACAACGAUAUUUUUGAAAGAAAAAUUUACUUCAUACUACUCCUCUCCUAGUUUAUGAACAAUUUGAUAUUUUUGGUCACUGAUAGUAUGAAAUUUCUGUAAGAAAUAGCGUCUUCAACAUUCGCUAAAGCUUACUAAAGUAAAGCAAGAGAUGGGCUUGUCCAGUAGAUGGGAUUAGCUCGUAGGGUGAAAGGUAGGGAAGAGGAUGGGGUGUCCAAGAAAAAAAAACCCUCCAUGUCCUUCACAAAGACUUUGUCACAAAGUUGAGUUUGGAUGGUCGUGUGUCCCUGUUGUGACUAUCUGGUGUGUAUGCUUGAUUUGUUUGAAGGUGCUAUUGCUAAGAGCGCCCGAGCUGCUGGUAUUAGUGCCAAUUUAGCAGAAAAAUAUGCUGCAGAGAUGGUCCAAAAACUUCCAGGUCCAGAUGGGCUACCACCCCCUCCCAUUGCAGAUGAUUUCAUCAUUGGAGACAGGGUGUGGGUCAGUGGAACUAAACCAGGACAAAUUGCAUACAUUGGUGAGACACAGUUUGCAUCUGGAGAAUGGGCAGGUGUUGUGCUUGAUAAUCCUGAAGGGAAAAAUGAUGGCUCUGUGCAAGGUGUCCGAUACUUUCAAUGUGAACCCAAGAAAGGCGUGUUUUCACGCAUUUCAAAACUCUCAAGAACUCCUGGUCUGACUUCUGAAACCCCCAAACCUGAAGAUGCCAUUUCAGAGACUGGGGGUGGCUUAACAGCAGUGAAAACCAAUGGAACGUCGCACCUGCCUACGUCUGGUUUACGACCCACGACUCCUAAACCGUUAGGGGGAACCAGGGCAUUAUCAACUUCUUCAUCUAGUCUGAACAAGGCUGGAAUGUCAUCAACAGCUGCCAAAAAAACUGCACUGAAAGUGGGAGAUCGAGUGUUAGUGAGUGGCACUAAGACCGGGACUCUGAGAUACGUGGGUAGUACAGACUUUGCCAAAGGGGAUUGGGCAGGAGUGGAGCUGGAUGAGAAACAAGGCAAAAACGACGGAGCGGUGUCCGGAAAAAGAUAUUUCGAAUGUCGUCCAAUGUUUGGAUUAUUUGCCCCAGUCCACAAGGUCACUCGCCUGACAUCGGGUAAUAUCACCACGAGUAUGUCUGCCUCCACUCCUAGCCCGCAGUCUCGCUCCCUCAUGAACACAAGCCUGCGUAUGUCCCGAGAACGCAGUGGGAGUCAAGAUUCUGUCAGUUCCAUCAGCUCCACUGCUUCCAGUGUCUCCCGAAGUCGGGCCAAAACCAGCCAACGACCUAGUUCUCUAAACCUGACCGCCACCACACAGGCUCUUCAGAAAGCACUGAAGGAAAAAGAGGAACACAUCGAACAGCUGCUGAAGGAACGUGACCUAGAGAGGGCCGAAGUCGCCCGGGCAGCAGCACAAGUCGACGAGGCUGAAGGACAGUUGGCCAACAUGAGGAGUGAACAGGACCGGUUCCGUGAGGAUACUGAAGACGUCCUGGUGAGACUGAGGAUGAAAGUAGAGGAGCUAGAGAAGGAAAGGGGGGAACUCAACUGUAGACUGGAGGAUGAACGCAGAAAGGUUGAGGAUCUUCAAUUCCAAAUAGAGGAGGAGGCUAUAUCCAAGGACGAUUUAGAGUCCCGAACAGAAGUUGAUGAAGAAAAAUUACGGAGUACUGAAAAAGAGCUGAAGAAAGAGAAGGACAGGGCUGACAAAAAUGAACAGGAAUUUUUCACAUUAAAAGCAAUGUUAAAAGACCAGACAGAUCGUUUAACAACUACAGAGGAAAUGAACAUGUCGUACCUGGACCAGAUGGAGGAACUCACCCAUAAACUUUCACAGGCGGAAUCCAAAGUCAAGAGUUUUGAAUCAUCUCGUUUAGAGGAAGGAGCUAAGUGUGAUGAAUUAAGUGCCAAUGAAGUGAAGAAACAAAAUAUGCAAGAAACUAUAAAUGACUUAACUACACAAUUGUGUGGGAGAGAUGAAGCUUCCAACCAGCUUAGUGCUGAAUUACAGAACAUGAAAUCCCAGCUGAGUGAAUUGCAAAGAAAACUUGAUUCUAGUGAAGAACUUAACAAUCAAAUCACUGAAGAAAAAACGACCUUGGAGCACCAAAUGAGUGAAAUGAUGAAAAACUCAGGAGAUAGCUCAAAGAGGCUAUCUAUGCUCAACGAUCAAGUUCAGGAGAAAAAUAGAAAAAUUCAGGAUCUACAAGCCGCCUUGUCAAAUUCUACUCAACAAUUGGGAAAACUUAAUGAUGAAAUUGAAAAUCUCAAAGGGGAGACAAUCAGGGAAAGGGAAAACAUUAUUAUUAAAUAUGAAGAAUCUGCUAAAACCCAGAAUAAUCAAAUUGAGGAAUUACAAAAGGAAUUAUCAAAAGCAAAGACAAAGAUGCAGAAGAUGACAGAAGACCACAAAAAAGACAAUGAAGAUGCACUCUCACGAAAAAUCAAGGAGAUAGAGGAACUUAAAAAACAACUGCAGGACAGCAUAGAAGAACAGGAGAGACAGUCUGUACAGACACAGGCCCACAAACAGGUGCUAGAGAGGAUCACCAUGGAGAAAGAAGCUUUACAGUUUGAAAAAGAGAAAACAGAGAAACAGGUGAAGCGAUUAGAAUCAGAGCGGGACACCGCCAACACUGAGCUGAUUCAGGCCAGGGUGGAGGUCGCAAAGGCACAGUCUGAGAGAGAGGCGUUCACUGCCAGCCUAAAUACACUGGAGGAGAAGCUGCAGGACUUGGGAGGGGAUGUGGAAAAAGCUCACAAAGCUAAAAAUCAGGUUCAAAAAGAACUUGAUGCAGUAUCAGAAGAGAAGGCCAAAAUUACAGAAGAAAGGGACCGUUUGCAGGAUGACACCAUUACAACAAAGGCCUCCUUACAGCAAAAGGACAUGCAUAUUGAAGAACUACAAAAAGAGAAUGACAAAUUAAAGGGAGAGAUCAGUGUGCAGCGGGAAACACUGGCUCAGGUUUCACAGGAAGAAUCAGCCUCUUCUGCCUUCUCACAGCAACUGGAGGAGAGUCAGAAGGCCAUGUCAGAUCUACAGAAAGCUUAUUUAGAGUUGGAGGCAGAGAGAGACACUAUGAAGGCACAACUGACCUUUGCCAACUUGGUGGCUGAAGAAAGAACAAGGCUUGAAGAUCAGAAUCAAACACUGAACAGAGAAGUAGAGGACAUGCAAAUCAGACACAGUCAAGAGCUGGAUGAAUUACAGAACACCAACACAUCUUUGCAGAGUCAGUUGGACAAUACAUCGCAAGUCCUUCAGCAGAAAACCGAUGACCUGGAGAAACAGAAGAAACAGAUUUCAAACCUGCAAAAUGAAAACUCUUCCUUAGAAGUAUACAGGUCCAAAGUCCAGAAAAUGGAUGCAGAAAAGUCUGAGUUCUUGGAGAAGAUCAGCAAGCUAGAAAAUUUAUUGAAGGAGGCUAAGACUAAUGCCUCCAACAUGACCAGUAAUGAUACCACAGGAAACCCAGCAAUUUCUAAAUUAACCGAGGAAAAGGAUUCAGCCCUGGGUCAAGUUGAAUUUCUCAAUUCAGUCAUUGUGGAUCUACAAAAGAAGAACUCAGAACUGAAGACAAGACUCGAGAUUAUGGAGUCUGGAGUUGUUACUAAUGGGGAUGGUGAUAGUUCCAUGGAACCGGAAGCCCCCAAAACACGUGCCCCACCUCGCUUGUUCUGUGAUAUAUGUGACCUAUUUGAUCAGCAUGAUACUGAUGACUGUCCUCUACAAGCCAUGGACUAUGAUGAGGAUACCCCCUCCCCCACCCAAUACCAUGGCGACAGAAAAGCUUCCCGUCCGUACUGUGAUAUAUGUGAAGAAUUUCAUGAUCCGUGCGUGAUGCCGACUUGUGCUGAAAAAAGCUCUGAGGGAAACCAGACCGAAUUUAAGAUACCAUCGCCAUCGGAGGAAAUAUCAGAUGCCUUCCCUCCUGGUCAUAUCUCAAACGAUCCCAUACAAUCACCAGAAAUUCCGGAGAGCAGCGAGACAUCCUUAUUAACUGCCACUGAUCCGAAAAUGUCAGAGGGAUUGCCGGCUAAUUACAAAUAUCUCAAAAAUGAGGAAUUUGAUAACAGGCAGGAAAAUGAUGAACUAGCACAGUCAGAGAAUGUAGGGCAAACUCGUGAUGUUGAUUGUGGUGUUGAUGGAGAGAGACUGUCCAGUCCUUCGGAGAGCGGCGAUCAAACAGAGGGCAAAAUGGACGAGUCCUGUCGUGUUAGCUGACUCGUCAAUCUUAUAUGGAUGCUAUUAAUUUAUAUCAUGUAAUAUAUGUAUAUACCUCCUGAUAAAUUUUUUUUUGUUAUCAUUUAUUCAGUGUAAAACAGUGUCUCUCAUUAGUCAAAGAAAUCAACAAACUUUGAAUAGAACCAUGUUCAAAUUAUGAAUCCAUGCUAUUAGGCUGUGAUGAAUGAAGUGGAAGCAGCAUGGUUUUGUGGUGGCUUGCGAAGGAAGAGGCACAUGUAUGUAUAGCUUAAAUUCUGUUUUAAUUACAUGUAUACAGUGUACAUUUAUACGAUAUCUAAUAUACAUGUAUUGGUAAUUUACUUGCACGGGAAAAUGUUAUACCCGGAGCCAGUUGUAUCCUUUUCAAAUAUCUGCACCAUUCAAGUAAAAUUUUGAGAAACCUC